ACCAGCGCGCGAUUCUCCCUUCCCUCCCUUGUGAAUUGUUUCCUGGCCCUGUAGUCGACCAUUGGAAAAUUUCCACUAUGUACUUGCAUGCCUUAGAUCAACGCCCGUCCUUUAAUUCUGCCCCUGGACACUGAGGAGGGGGGUUUAAUUUCUAUCGCGGUACUCCUGUGUGUAUUAGAGGAUUACACUCUAAGAAAAGGUCAAAUAUCCCUAAAUGUUUUCUUAGUAUGCAGAGUUGUAGGCCUAUAUAUAAAACAAUAAUUCUAAAAGAAAAACAGGGAUUUUUUUAAACUGAUGUAUCCUAAAUGAAUUACCUCUUAAUCGCUUCGAUUGUUAUCAACCUGAUAAUAAUCAAAACAAAACAUUCUUCCAAAGAAAACUUAUUUAGAUGAGACACAAUUUUUGUUUUCGCUUGGAAUUUGAACUAGAUCAAUGUAAUAGCUCAUACGAUGACUUUCUCCUGUGCCACAAAGUAAGACAAAAUGCAGCGUGUUUACAGUAAACAUUCCUAUUCAUUUGAUUCAUAAGAAAGACAUGAACAAAUAUAUGUGCGUGUCGAAAAUAAAGUUCUAGGCAAUUGUUGCAAUAUUCAUAAAUAAUUGUUUAAAAUGAUUGACUUGAAAACCAUAAAGACAUUACUACAACAAUCGGAAAAGUUGUGAUUAGUACUUGAUAAGAAAACAGUGAUCGACUUUUCUCUUGGCUAAUGUGAAGUGGGAAAGUUUUCAAUUAUACAUCAAAGGAGUAUAGUUAUCUAACAGCCCAGAGAAUUGAUUGAUAUCAAUAUUCAAUAGCUGUUCUAAUUCCAGGUAAUUUAUUGAUCAUGUCAUCAAAAUGGCAUCAAAGGCAACAUACUGAACUUCAAUAGCCAUUACUGCUUUUUUAAAGACUGAUUGCAAGACAUUGUGCCUGACACGUCAUCAGGUUCUCUAAGUGAUAUUAAAACUAUCUUAAGCAACACAUUAAAGAGACAGCAAUGGAGAUGGAGCUCGAUCUGUCCGGCUGGAACAUUCCGGUGCCCACCAAGAGGUCAGUGAGCCAAAGCGAGGUUAACAGUCUCCUGGACUACGAUGUGAACACGGUGAAGUCAAUCAACAUGUCCCUGUGGGGCAACUCGUCUCUGAACGGGACCAACUCCAGCCAGGUCAGCUAUAUGGCCGAUAUCAACCGUGACUUACAGAAGGUGGAAAUAGCCGUUCUGGCAACUAUUCUCUACAUGGCGUUGUUCGGUAAUGGCGUGGUCCUUCUGGUUCUACGGUUACGACCUCAGAAGUUAUCCCGCAUGCAGUGGUUCAUCGCCCACCUGGCUUUCGCGGACAUUUUCGUUGCUCUGUUCAACGUCCUGCCGCAGCUGAUUCAUGACGUCACUUCCGUCUUCCUAGCAGACGACAUUACGUGCAAAUUUGUCAGAUACAUGCAGGUGAUAGCCAUGUACGUGUCUUCCUACGUAUUGGUGAUGGCCGCUGUGGAUAGGUACCUGUCUAUAUGUCAUCCCCUGGCCAGCCAGACCAUGUCUCCUAAGAGAGUUCACCUGAUGAUCGCCCUGGCCUGGUUCCUCUCCCUGCUCUACGCCCUCCCCCAGGUGUUUAUUUUCUCUCUCCAGUCCGUGGGACCAGGAGAAUACGACUGUCUAACAACGUUUGAGCCAGAAUGGGGCCUGAAGGCGUACAUCACCUGGGUCUUCGUCUCCGACUACGUCAUACCUUUCAUCAUCCUGGCCUUUUGCUACGGACGUAUCUGUCACGUGGUCUGGGUCAGCGUCGGGUCGAAGGAGUCGGCAUCUUACAGAUCCAUGGGCAAUAACUCCAACGACAACUCUAAGCACAUCAAAAUGAGAAUCUCCUUCAACCGAAGGAAUGACAGCUCACCUUACUUGUCCCGAGAUCGCCCCGACACCUCGUCCCUUGUGGUCAACAGCGCUGAGCACUCCAAAAAGCCACGGGGUCACCAAAGGGGAGUGUCCAAAUCCAAGAUGAAGACCAUCAAGUUGACCUUGACAGUGGUGCUCUGCUACCUCGUCUGCUGGGCGCCAUUCUUCUUGGUGAAUAUGAUCAACGCUUUUGACAAUGACUCGAGCAUUGAACAUCCAGUUACUGUUGUGUGCAUGCUAUUGGCUUCCCUCAACAGCUGCACCAACCCGUGGAUCUACAUGGCCUUCUCGGGCCGCCCCUGCCAGAGAGCCUACCAGCAGAGGAAUAUCUCCAGGAGUUGGGCUCCUUCCACGCAUAUAACCUCCGCCGCAGACAGUGGAGAAUCCAAGACCAGGUCCUCUAUGAUUGACUUGACCCACGGGAGACAGUCCGUAAGAAACGGAAGCAGCAACGGCUACCUGAACGGAGCUGUGCGGCACGCGGACAAAAUGUCCAACUGCAGCAAAUGCUGAAGAAAAAACGUGGUUCUGAAAAAUAAACAUUUUUACUUGAAACGUUCAGGCAUCAUCUAUCGCGAUAGCUGUGUGCAAUGGAUAAUAGAAUCAAUGAAACGUCUCAGUAAUUAUCGAGAAGGAUUCAACACUUACCUGAUGCUGGGCUACCUUUUCUAUUGAAAGAAAGGUUUUCCUCACCUAAAUACUACAGGCGGCUUCAUGGCUCUAAUGACUCCCUGCUAGAUGGUGAAGUCUUUUCUUCGCAUAGUUUACUACUUUUGAUUUUGGCUUUUAUAGAAUUCUAGUGAUUUUUAUGGAAGGAUAACGAGUCAAUAUAGACUACUGGAAAUAAUGUUACAUUCAACGACAUUAUUGGAGAUCAUCAUAAGUGUAGUCACCAUCAGUUUGAACAGUGACUAUGAGCUAGUUUUCUUUCUAAACUCAAAUACUUUUGUAUGGACGCCUGCGCCAUAGAUUCUAGACAUUUGUGGAAAAUAAACAAAAAUGUGCUAAUUCUGGCAAAAAAAGACAUAUUUGAGAUUGAUGUGAUAUCGUGGUUUGAUACCCUUGUGGAAAUCGCUAAUAGGUUCAACUUAGCUGCUUUGAAUUCUAAAGAAUCUUUGCCAAGUGAUUUCCGAAAUUUUCAGCUG